AUGUUAAAUAAUCACAAUUUAAAUAUAAAAACUAACAAAGCAACGGCUAUAGUCUCUACAGCUUCUACCUCAAUUUCAAUACCAAAAAAUAUAGAAAAUGACAACAAAAGUGAAAUUAAACGAAAAGACGACGAGGAAAUUAAUCAUGAAAAUGUAGAAUCUUAUUUGGUGCCAUGGACUUAUUCUUGCCUUUUUAAGCCAGCAAUUGAACGUGUAAAACAUUCUUAUGUUGAGAACCAAGAAGCUGUUUAUGCAUUAAAUGUGAGUUUUAAAAUUUUUAUUAAUAUUUUUUGGGAUGUCUGGGCAUUUAAAGAAGGAACAAAUAGAGAACAUUCACCAAAUGCCAAUUUAUCUAUAAGAUUAUUUCCGUUAAAAACUCUUCUAAAAAUUUGUAUUAUUUUUGGUUUACUUUUUUAUUUUUUAUUUCAACCUUUAGCCUAA